CAGAAAUAAUAUCACCAACUAGUACGUACCGUUUUAGUUGAAAUCAGGGGAAAGGAAAACUGGUUCAAUCUCUAGUCUGUCUCUCCAAUGGCACAUCCAAACUCACUUGUAAAUGUGGUGGAAGUUUGCAGGGUCGCUCCAAACCCAGGUUCACCAGACUCAGCCACACCAGAUUUCCUUCCUCUAACCUUGUUUGAUAUACGUUGGUUAAGGUUUGCACCGGUGCAGCGCCUGUACUUCUAUGAAAUAUUUUCCACUGAUUCCAUAGUCCCCAAACUCAAAGCCUCCCUCUCUCUCACACUCCAACACUUUCUGCCCCUUGCUGGAAACCUCACUUGGCCCCAAGACUCCCUCAAACCCAUUCUCCGUUAUGCCAAAGGCGACACCAUUUCACUUACUGUAGCUGAAUCCGCUGCUGAUUUUGGCCAUCUUUCAAGCAAUUACGACUUGCUUGAAGUCCAAGAAUACCAUCCUCUUGUACCCCAAUUGGAAGUAUCUCAUGAUCAAUCUGCGGUAUUGGCAUUGCAAGUCACCGUCUUCCCCAACAGAGGCUUUACCAUUGGAACAUCGAUGCACCAUGCUGUUUUGGAUGGUAAAACUUCAACCUCCUUCCUUAAGUCAUGGGCUCACAUAUGCAAACAUGAAGAACCGGGAUCUUCAUCUAGUUUGUUGUUACCAGAUGAGCUAAAGCCAUUUUAUGACAGAAUGGUCAUCCAAGACUUGGCAGAGCUUGGGGCACUCUACUCGGACCAAUACCGAAACAUGGAGGGCCCCAACAAUAGAAGCUUGAUGGUUUGGAAUCUUCAAGCUCCACCAGAGUCAAUUCGAGGUACCUUCAAGCUCUGUUAUGCAAAAAUACAAAAACUAAGGCAAUAUGUCAUGACUAGGAUGGCAAUGAAGAAACAAUAUGAUGAUUCUGAAUCUUCAGUACUUCAUUUAUCAACGUUUUGUCUAGCAUGUGCCUAUACCUGGGUUUGCUUAGUCAAAACUCAAGAAGCCAAAGAAGAUAAGACAAGACUCAUAUUUCCGGUGGACUGCAGAUCUCGCCUAGACCCUCCUAUACCUGCAACAUAUUUUGGUAACUGCAUAGCAGGCCGUUUGGCAAUUGCAGAAACAAAAGGGCUAUUGGGAGAAGAUGGAUUGGUUGUGGCUGUGAAUGCAAUCAUUGAAGCUAUAAAAAGUUUGGAUUAUGGAGUCUUGAAUGGGGCAGAGAAUUGGGUUUCAAGAUUGUGCACUGUGCUGAGUGAUAGAGUAGCUUCAGUUGCUGGCUCACAUCGGUUUGGUGUUUAUGAAACUGACUUUGGGUGGGGAAUACCAAAGAAAGUUGAUCUUGUUUCUAUAGAUAGGACAGGAGCAAUCUCCCUUUCAGAUACCAAUAAUGGUGAUAGAGGUUUGGAUGUUGGAUUGGUUUUACAAAAACAUUAUAUAGAUGUUUUUGCAUCACAAUUUGCCAAAGGUCUUGAAAACCUUUGAAGCAAUAAUAAUGGUGUUAAUGUUGUUGCCCUUGUUUGGCAACUGCAGAAACAAAAUGGCUGUUACGAUCAGCAACUUUUCUUCAUUGAAAUUUUUUUCUGUAGUGCUGAGAAUCUGAUGGGUGAAGUCCGGUAUAUGAUCCCGGAGUCCAGCAUUUGCCUAGAGAUUAAGGUAGAGAUAGAUCCAGAGUCACACAUCACUGAGUUGUGUCAAACCGGACACUGGUGUUCACCUCACAUUCAAUUGUAUGUGAAUCCUCCUUUCAUCACUUGGUAUUAAAUUUGAGAUGAAAUUAUAUUGGUAGAUAAGUGCAUACCGUUCCUAGUUUAAUAUUCCCACACAUACCAUGCAUGUUGUGAUUGUUGUCAACCAUGUAUUUCUUUAAACAGUGUCUAUCAGUAACCUACAAUAAUUUCAGAAAUAGACUAUAAUUCACUUGUGUUGGAUAGAAAUAUUAUAUAUUUGCAUUAAAAAUACAGACGAAAUAUUAUAUAGGCAAUUAGAAUUUGUGAGUACUCGUGUUUGUAGUAUAUGUUGUGGUAUUGUUAAAUGGCUUUGAUCGGCCUUAUCAGUGAGGGUAUUUGGAUAAUGAUUCAUUCUUUGCCCUUGCCACAAAUCCAGUCUACCACUCCAAGCUCAAACACAUUGAAGUGGAUGUGCAUUUUACCUCAAGUGAGCUGGUGCUCUCGGUCCCUUUAAGGUAGAAUGGUGUUCUGUCACCCAAUAAACUGUUACAGAGGAGCUAAUAUCGCUUAAUCGUAAAUUAUUAAAAG